CAUUAUGGAAGAGCGUGUCUGAACCGUAAACCCUUCUUCUGUAUUUCCUCGAGAAGCAUUCUGGUUUUCUUCUCCGUCGGCCUUGGACAAGGAAAAACAAAGGGCAGAGUCAGAGCAACGAAGAAAUGCAUCCUCCCAUUUUUGGGCACUCUUUCGCCGUGCUCGUGGCACCGAUCCUCCUUUCCGUGCUCGCUUUCAAUUUGCUCAACAGGAAAAGAGCCAAUGCACGAAGAAAUGCAGAAGAUGCUGAUGCCGGCGCAUCUAGUUCGUCGACCGCGCCGACUGGAGACCAUUACGAGGUGUUCUUGAACUUUAGAGGUGAAGAUACUCGAAAUGGUUUCACCAGUCACCUUUACGACAGGCUGGUCGCUGCCGGAAUUGAUGUUUUCUUGGACGAUAACAAGCUCCGCCAAGGCGAGGAGAUCGGCCUGGAUCUCUUGGAAGCCAUCAAGAACAGUAAGAUCUUGAUCCCCAUUCUCUCCGAGAAUUAUUGUGAGAGUAAAUGGUGCCUUGAUGAACUGAUUCAAAUAAUGGAGUGCAAGAAUAAUAAGACUGGGCAUAUAGUGUUGCCUAUAUUCUACAAAGUGAAUCCAAGGGACGUGCGGCAUCAGAGCGGAAGUUUCGGAGGUGCAUUUCUUAAGCGGGAGAGGCCUUUCAACCCAGCGACUUUGAAGAAAUACAAGCAAGCACUCACUGCAGUCGGUAAAUUGAAAGGACGGGAAGCCGAUGGGAAUGAAGCAGAAUUAGUGAAUACGAUUGUCCAAACGGUGUCGAACAAGCUGAAGAAAGACUAUGAUUUGCUUAUUCCCAAGAAUUUGGUUGGAAUUGAUAAUCUGUGGAGAAGGUUAUGAUAGAUGUAGCUAAUAAUUCUAAUGUCACCCUAUUUAUUGGCAUCUAUGGAAUGGGAGGCAUUGGUAAGACAACUCUUGCUAACAUUAUCUUCAACAAGCUCUCCGAUCAAUUUGACUCUCGUAGCUUCAUUCCUGAUAUUAGGGAAUCAUGUAACCUUAAGGGCCU